AUGGGAAUCACUACACUGAGAGGGAAAUCCCUCGGCCGUGUCAUUGGUCUUGUUGGCGCGGUCGGUUUCGUGCUACAAGGUUAUGACCAAGCUGUUGCUAAUGGCUUACUGACAUUGGGAUCUUUUAUUGCUAUUUUCCCCCAAAUUGAUACGGUCAAUACUCAUGGUAGCCAAAAAUCGCACAAUUCUACUAUUCAAGGAACAACGGUCGCGAUUUAUGAAGUCGGCUGCGCUUUGGGUGCCCUGGGCUGCGUGUUUCUGGGCGAUAAACUCGGUCGUCGCAAAACGAUCUUUCUUGCGGGAUGCGUUGCCUUGGUUGGAAUCGUUAUUCAAGCAAGUCCCUUUGCGUUGGGACAGUUGAUUUCUGGGCGAGUUAUUACUGGCUUGGGUGUCGGUGGAUUCACCGCGACAAUUCCUAUGUAUGUCUCUGAGUCUUCUGGCGCAGAGGCUCGAGGACGCAUGGUUCUUUUAGAAGGGUGGUUUGCUAUCGGUGGUAUCGUCCUUGCAACUUGGUUGGAAUUUGGAUUAUACUACGUCAGCGAUAACUCAGUGAGCUGGCGCUUCCCCAUCGCCUUCCAGGGCAUUUUCGCCCUCGUGGUUGUCUCGUGUAUCCUAUUUUUGCCCGAAUCUCCUCGAUGGCUUGCUCGCGUUGAUCGUAUGGAAGAAGCGGCCGAGGUUCUUUCACGAAUGGAAGAUGUGCCAGUUGAAUCUGAGCACGUUGCGCAAGAGUUGGAGAUCAUCAAGCAGUCUCUUUUCUUGGAUGCAGCGGACGAAUCGACGGUUUCGACUUCACCUUUUGCUUUGACGAAUAAUCGUCAUUUGCACCGAACGGCUAUUGCUGUUGGAGUCAAUAUUCUCGCCCAGAUGACGGGCUGUCUACAAAUCUGGCAAUUCAUAGCCGCCGGUAUAGCAGUUCUAUUAAUCGACCGAGUCGGACGUCGACCAUUACUCCUCACAGCCGCCGCCGGCAUGACAAUUGCCCAAACAUGCCUAGCAGGUCUUUCAAGCGAUCUUUCCAACAAAUCCGCCGCGGGCGCUUCAAUCCUAUUCUAUUUCAUGGCACUAUUCUGCUUCCCGAUCGGACUGUUUUUGGUACCAUUCAUGUACGCCGCAGAAAUCGCACCCUUACGCACUCGCGCCAAAGUCACCGCUAUGUCCGCCGCGGCAAAUUGGCUCUUCAAUUUCCUUUUGGCGGAAGUGACGCCGAUUGGAUUUGCUACUAUUCAAUGGCGGUAUUAUAUUAUAUACGCUUGUAUUAGUGCUUUCGCGUUUAUCUUUUUUUAUCUUUUCUGUCCGGAGACUAAGGGCCGCACGUUGGAGGAGAUUGAUGAUAUUUUCGUUCAGUCUAAGUCUGUUUUUGAUCCUGUGAGGAUUGCGCGGGAAAUUCCCUUCCAGACUGAGCUUCUGGCUCAUAUUGAUGAUACGGAAAAGGUUGGGGCAAAGGAUGAGUGUGUUGAGAAUGCGUGA